AUGUCGUACAGUAAGCUGGCCUCCAACGACGGACUGACCGUAUUCGACGAUCGUGUCGACAUCGAGGAUGGGGACUACCUUCAGGAACAGUUACUAGGCUUGGGGGAGCAGCAUCGCCGCAGCCGCGACGAAUACUGUUUUUCUCGACGGUGCACUCGAAUCAUCAAUUCGCCCAUAGUCCUUUGGUGUAUCGUCCUCCUUCAGUUCGUCACUAUCGGGGUACUCGUCUGGCGUAUGGAUUCACCUGAACAGAACAGUCUUUUCUCUCCUGCGAAUGAGGCUAUUUCGUACAAGUACCACCGUUUCUUCAACGGCUUUGGACGCAAUGUCUCCCCCUUCCAAGUCCCACCCUCGAAGGAACUCGACGACCUUUGGGAGGACCUUUACAACUUGGGUAUAUCACGCAUCCCUACCUCCCAGGCCAAGCAGCUCCCAAAUGCAACGGAGGCCAUACCAGGGGACGAAGACAACUACAUUGUCGAGCUCGACGUCUUCCAUGAACUCCACUGCCUAAAUCGCAUACGCAAAACGAUUUAUGCAGACCACUACCCCGACAUGCGCCUUCCUCUCCCGGGAAACCAAGCCCAUAUGAGCCACUGCCUCGACUCGAUCCGCCAGUCCCUCAUGUGUUCGGCGGACGUCAGCCUUAUCGUCUGGAAAUGGGAUGACGAGGCCGGGCAGUCGUUUCCCCGCGGCGAUGUUGUCCAUAGAUGUCGCGACUUUGAUAAGAUCAAGGAGUGGGCGGCGGAAAGGCAGCUUAUGGGUAACUUCAACGCGAGCGUGCAUGUGGUGAAUGAGUUGCCGUCGCCGCCAUUGUUGUAUUAG